GAGAGUGAAGGUCUUCCUGCAGGGAACCGGGGUGACCCACCCAUGGGGUGGAGAGCCAAGGGGCUGGAGCUGAAGACCAGAAGAGCUGCAAACCAGUGCCAUUUUCAUGCUGCCCUGAGGAGAACGCACUGAUUGUGGUCAGCUGGUGCUUAGCCACAGCGGCUUGUGGUAGCACCAAAUGUCCUGGAGAUCUAGCACUGACUAGGUCAGCUGGUGGCAACGAGGAACACAUGUGGAAGCCAGGAACUGAUUUCAGAACAAUGAAAUGCCUCACGCACCCACUGCUCAGGAGGUUGUUGGAUCUCUCACCUCAGUGUGUGCUAGGGGGAUUGAGUCAAAGUGAAUGUCCUAUCCUCAGUCCAAAGCAGUCAUCUCUGAGGCAGAGCUGCAGUACAAGACCUCGGCUUGUGACUGCCACUGAUGUGGUCAAAUACUGGCAGAAGGUGUUUGAGACAAAUGGGAUCCCUGAAGCAAGAGAAUCCAGUGAAUAUAUCCUGGCAUUUGUCCUGGGAGCAAAAACAUUUCAGAGUUUGAACUCCAAAAGCCUCCACACUCCGCUUACAGCAGCGCAGCAGGAGCAAAUCCAGCAGCUGAGCAACAAGCGACUAGAAAGAAUGCCAGUGCAGUAUGUGCUUGGUGAGUGGGACUUUCAGGACCUGACUCUGAAGAUGAGACCCCCAGUAUUUAUCCCUCGGCCUGAAACAGAGGAUCUCGUCUCUUUAGUUGUGGAGGAAGAAUCUCAGAAAUGUGAGAAGAAUUCAGGCCUCUGCUUCCCCGUUUCUGUCUCUCAUCCUGUGAUCCUGGAGAUCGGCUGUGGCUCUGGAGCAAUUGCUUUGAGUCUGUUGUGCAAACUGCCACAGAGCCGGGUGAUAGCUGUGGAUAAAGAGAAAGCUGCUGUGGAUCUCACCAGGGAGAAUGCACAUAGGCUGCAACUCCAGGAGAGAAUCCACAUCCUCCACCAUGAUGUUUCAUACAAUUCUGCCAAGCAGCUGCUACUCUGGGGCCCCACAGACUUCAUAGUCAGUAACCCCCCAUAUGUCUUCCAUGAAGACAUGGCUUCCUUGGACGCAGAAAUCCUCCGCUAUGAGGACCUUGAUGCACUGGAUGGGGGAGAUGAUGGGAUGAGAGUCAUCAAAACAAUUCUGGCUCUGGCUCCUUCUCUUCUGAAGGACUCUGGGAGCGUGUUUCUGGAAGUUGAUCCCAAACACCCAAAUAUGGUGGAGAACUGGCUACAGGCACACCCCAACUUACUACUCGUCCUUCGUGCCAUUCACAAGGACUUCUGUGGCAAGCCUAGAUUUCUGCACAUCCAAAAACAAAGCAGAUGACAGCUGUACCAGAAAUAACUCUUCUUGCAGUAUGCUUUUUGCUGGUGAGCCCUGCUGAACAGCUUGUUGAAAACUCUGCAUGGCAAAAGGAAUCUGCGCUUCAUUCCCCAGUGCAUUGAACUCUCCAUGCAGUGGCAGACCCCCUUGUUUCCUGAUACAGACUUCAUCCAGAGAUGCAGAAGUUCAGCAGAGCACGUACAAGUGUUUCACCUUCCUCGGGGAACUGCAUGGAACUUUUUAGUUUGCUUUGCUAAAGUGACUCGUUAAUCUCAGGACCCAAUAUGGAAGAGUUCACAGCUCCAGAUAUUUCAUUAAAAAUACAACUUCUCAACAUGUCAGAUCACCCAUUUGACCUAGAAAGAAUUUAACUUUUUUUUUUUUUUGGCCUUGAGAUAAAUUUAUAUAGAAUGUGACCAGAUUGGAUGAUAGGUCCAACCUCUGGCUUAUAUUGGCACAUGGACUUGCUGGUAUAAUGGAACAUGACUAACCGGCACAUUUCAAAUUCAGUUCUAUUCCAGGAUCCUGAUGCUCUGGAGUAGAUCUCCAAGAGCAAAGCAGCCUUCAUUUCCCAGUUCUGCUGAAUGACAUGUCAUUGAAGGAUCAGUGCACAUGUUAUACCAUCUGAAUCUACAGCACCUGCCACUUGGUGGAUGCUGCCAGAAACAAUCAAAACAUUGUAAUAAAGGUAGUGCUUCAGAUCAGGAAGUGUCCUUACAGGAAUUGCUGUGCAAUUACGUUUUCAAACAUGCUAGCAGACCUGAAUAAACAUCUGGGACCCGCACAUUGUUUCUCAUAGUAAUAGAAAUGCCUAACUUCCAUGUAAGGCGUUUAAAUGCAAGACUUUACAAAGGCGGCCAGAAUCGCUGCUCCAGUUUCGCAGAUGGAGAAAUUGAAAAACAGGAGGUGAAAUGACAUACAUGACAUACAAAAUUUGACAACAGGCUAAGUUUGGAGUAGGACCCAGUCUCUUGACAGCCGCGGGAAUAGCUGUGGUCUGUUUCUUUGGGAAGGAUGACUCAGAGUAGGGCUGCCUGAAACAACACUGAGAGAAGUCCCUGAAAUGGACAGUCAACAUCAGGACAUUAUAAAUAAUGGAAGGAUUAAAUUCAAGCUGCUGCUUCUUGUUGGUGGUGUUUCCACUGUUGCAAGUUCCCUUCCUGACCAUAGCUAGCCAGGGAAGGAGGGAAAGAAAGCAAACCAAAGGACCUGGUCUACCAGUCUGAAUGGAAGCGCUUGCUGGGCCAGUGGAAGUGAGGCUGGAAGUGUCCAGACAGUGACACGUGCUGUCAGGCUCUCGGUCCAGGCUAAACUGGGAGUGUGUUGCCAGAAACACUAGGUAGGAGCUGCAUCAGCAAACUGCAUCUGUUUGGAAGGCUGCGGCAGAUCCAGAGGGCUUUACAUGAGCACCAAUACAUCUAGUCCCUUUCCCCUCUACCUCUCCCACACUCAUGCUCCCUGCUCUUUCAUUCGCUUUGUAACUCUUGAACAUUGGCCCUGCUUUUCCACAGAUACCUGAGUGCUCUCUGAUGUACCAGCGCUCAGGUCUCCAGUUGGAUCCUCUCCCCACCCUCUGGGCUUUUACAGCUCUGUUCACAGACUGGCCUUUCACCCCAUUGCACCACCGAGCCCUGCAUUUAUCCUCCCCACCGCUCUACGCACCCCAGUAGAGCAUGGGGUGCUAUGCAUGCUCUACGCAUGUCCUGUACACUCUACUUGAAGUUAAUGAGCCUUCUCUGGACUGCAGUACCUGCCCUGGUUAAACACAGUAGAGGAAAUCUAGGGAAGGAGAGAAUUAAAAAAGUUCAGCUGAAGUGCAUUUGAUCAUAGGUUUGGAAAUAAAGUUCCAGCACAGCUGAUUUCUGGCAGUUUUGCCUGCUAGAACCAUGAGUACAAAUCGUAGUCAAAAGAGGUGGUGUUUUGUUUGGUUUUUUUUAAAAAAAUAGUUUAGGGUCUUUUUUUAAAGUUCAGUUUGUCAGACAUUUCUUUAAAUUUAAUUUUUAAACAGUUCACAGAUUCCAUCUGGGUGUUGGCAGUAUGAAACAGCAACAUGCACAGCUUACUUCUGCAGGAUACUUUAAAAGGUGGAUAGUUUACUGGCUUACGAGAGUGUUAAACAGCAUCAUACUGCAUUCUUCAAGGGUUGGGCUGAUUCCCUGCAGCAGGCUGGAGUUAGAUGUCCCUCUGAGAGCGCUGGUGGCUGGGCUGCAGAAAGCAGUGUGCCUUUUCUCGGAAGCAUCAAUCAAUCACUUGUCAGAGCUCUGAGCAGGACACUUUCUGUGUGAGACAGACUCUUGGCCUAAUCCAGUAGGACAAGUGUUAAAUUCCUGUAUUUAUAGCUAAAGCACUAAUAAAAAUGCUUACAUUUCUGUGGGUUUGCACUGCAUAGUGGUUACAUGUCUCGGAAAAUCACAUGGUGCUGCCGACCUUCUCAUAAAGACAACAAUGGAGAAAAACUGUUCUUCCUCCCAAGAGGCUGGAUUUAUUUGUCAGACUCGCAUCUGAGGGAAUGUGCUGCACAAUGUGUUCUUCAGUGCUUUAUGCAUAUUGGCCCAGGCUCAUUUUGGUAUAGAAGCACUGCAAAGUUUUUUGGAGAUGGUGGUUUUAAGGAACCACAGGCACUCCCAGCGCCCUUCCUAAAGCAGUGGACCAUGUCUGUGUUGUCUUUGUUGCCUGUGAGUAAGAGGCUCAGCUGAUGCCAGCAAUAUACCGUGCACGUGAGCUCUCUGCAGAGGCAUAGCUGCUCCCUGAAGCUACGGAAGGCUGAUGCUUCAGUUGGCAUUUUAUAUAAUCCAAUAUCUGACAUACAUUUAAUUUUCUGGGACUUACUGGGUCUUUGGAACUGUAUCAAAACGGUGAUUUGUUUCCUGAUGCUUUCAGAGAGGGGCUUUGUUUUCCAGCAGGACUCUGAAGAGUGUGGUUGUGCGUGUGUGUGUGUGCUCACGUCUGUGUUUUGGAGAGUUACUAGGUGCAAAGUAUCUACCAGGAUCAUGCUGGCCUUUCCUGAGGAGGAGUUGGUAAAAGCUUGGUCUUUGGCAGAGCCCUGCAGAUGGUGCUGUGGUCUCAGCUUAGCUGUGUCUGUGCUGGAGAACAGUCCUGCCACGGGCUUCCCGCUGUGUGGGGAGCAUGGCAAGAUGUUGAGAGAACUCGGGUCAACAGAGGGCUUCAGUGUAGAUGCAGCUGCAACGUGGGGCUUUAACCUCUAUUCUUGUGGCAGUAAAACAGAGCUUCGGUGCGGGGCUCAUGUGGGGAAGCUGGGAGGGGACCUCGCGGCUGUGAUGCAGGACUGGGGUUGUACUUCAUACUGUUAAUGGGAGGCCUGAAGCCUGUGUUAAUCCAUGGUUUUGGACAAUCUAGUAUGCUGGAGGACAGAGUACCAUUCUUGUUCUGGUGUAAUUUCAGUGUAAGCACCCUUAAGUGCAAGUACCACCUGUGUUUUCAGUCUUCCACACAAGAUGUGGGGUGAAAAGGACUUUCUCAGGGACCUUACAGAGUCUGAGAAAUGUGCUUAUCCUCACAGCACUCUCAGCUGAGCCUGUGCUCUUGUAGGGAUGAGACUCCUUUCCAAGUGAGGAACUGACAGACACAGAGUGACUCUACUAGGGUGUGUCCUGGUUUCGGUUGCGAUAGAGUUAAUUUUCUUCCUGGUAGCUGGUAGAG